UUUGGUAUCCUUGGGCUUUUUCGAGGACAAAGCAGACAGUGCUCCCACAAGGGUAGGAAUGAAGAAAGGAAAGAAAGGGUCUAAAAGACUUGCCCUGAAGAUGAUACAGCCAGGAGUAGAACUCUCCAUUAAUAGGAGUAUACAAUGAUGAACUGGAUGAGCUAUCUUCCAACCCCAGCUUCAAGGAGCUUGCCAUCUUAAUGAGGGCACAUUGCAAAUGGACAACCCAUUCUACAGCAAAAGUUACAAGAAAAAGGAUUGUCGAUGUUAUUGUUGGGAAAGACGAAAAAGGCAGAAAGAUCCCAGAAUAUCUAAUCCAUUUUAAUGGUUGGAACAGAAGCUGGGAUAGAUGGGCAGCUGAAGAUCAUGUGCUUCGUGAUACAGAUGAAAAUCGUAGAUUACAGCGUAAAUUGGCAAGAAAAGCUGUGGCUCGCCUGAGAAGCACUGGAAGAAAGAAGAAGCGCUGCAGGUUGCCCGGUGUUGACUCUGUCUUAAAAAGCUUCCCUGCUGAAGAAAAAAAUGAAAAUGAUGAAAAUUCCAUAAGCAGUUCCUCUGAUGACAGCAAAGAAAAGGAUGAAGAAAUAAGUGAAGAAAGUGAUAUUGAAGAAAAGACUGAAGUGAAAGAAAAACUAGAGCUGCAAACAAGAAAGGAAAUGGAAGAAAGAACAAUAACUAUAGACAUCCCUGAAGUUCUGAAGAAGCAACUUGAAGAUGAUUGUUACUAUAUUAACAGGAGGAAACGGUUAGUGAAACUUCCAUGCCAGACCAACAUCAUAACUAUUUUGGAAUCUUAUGUGAAGCAUUUUGCUAUCAAUGCAGCCUUUUCAGCCAAUGAGAGGCCUCGUCACCAUCAUGCUAUGGUGCAUGCCAACAUGAAUGUGCAUUAUAUUCCAGCAGAAAAGAAUGUUGACCUUUGUAAGGAGAUGGUGGAUGGACUGAGAAUAACCUUUGAUUAUACUCUUCCGUUGGUUUUGCUCUACCCAUAUGAACAAGCUCAGUAUAAAAAGGUGACAUCGUCUAAAUUUUUUCUUCCAAUUAAAGAAAGUGCCACAAACACUAAUAGGAGCCAGGAGGAGCUCUCUCCCAGCCCGCCUUUGUUGAAUCCCUCCACACCGCAGUCCACAGAGAGUCAGCCGACCACAGGUGAACCUGCCACCCCCAAGAGGCGCAAAGCCGAGCCAGAAGCCUUGCAGUCUCUGCGUCGCUCCACACGCCACAGCACCAACUGUGACAGGCUGUCCGAGAGCAGUGCUUCUCCUCAGCCCAAGCGGCGGCAGCAGGACACGUCUGCCAGCAUGCCCAAGCUCUUCCUGCAUCUGGAAAAGAAGACACCUGUGCAUAGCAGAUCCUCUUCCCCCAUUCCUCUGACUCCUAGUAAGGAAGGGAGUGGUGUGUUUGCAGGCUUUGAAGGGAGAAGAACUAAUGAAAUAAAUGAGGUCCUCUCCUGGAAGCUUGUGCCUGACAAUUACCCUCCAGGUGACCAGCCACCUCCACCCUCUUACAUUUACGGGGCACAGCAUUUGCUGCGAUUGUUUGUAAAACUUCCAGAAAUCCUUGGAAAGAUGUCCUUUUCUGAGAAGAAUCUGAAGGCUUUACUGAAGCACUUUGAUCUCUUUCUGAGGUUUUUAGCAGAAUACCAUGAUGACUUCUUCCCAGAGUCCGCUUAUGUUGCUGCCUGUGAAGCACACUACAGCACCAAGAACCCCAGGGCAAUUUAUUAACAUCCGGAUGGUCCUAUCAGAACAGCCCCUCUAUUUGGCUUUGUGUUGUGGGUUCCAGGUGAAGAACUAAUGAGACAGCAGGCCUUCCUGCCAGAGAGCACGAACCCCAGGCCUACCCCGGGAGCUCCAGCAGAGGCAGGCUCUGCUAUUUGAAUUGCUCACUUACUACAGUAUCUCUGUUAAGAAUUAAUUCUUGGGUACCUGAACAUGCUCAGAUAAAACCCUGCUGUACACAGGACAUCUGUGAUGGCAGGCAAAGAACAACUGUUCAUAGUGAAACGUCCACGAAAGUGUACAUAGGUUAGGCUGUUUUGGUAGACGUUGCAGUUAAUUGUGAGAGCCACAUUGUUGAGUUAUUUGUUAGCACUAAAGAAGAUAUUUUUGCAGACUAUUUUCAUUCUUGUGGUGAGGCUGAGCAACUCUGCCCAACCGAUUUUAGUUUGUACUUGGAAACCACAAAGUCGUCCCAAAGUCUUUUAGAGGGAAUCGAUAUUGAUGGCGAAAGAAAAUUUUCAGCUAUACAUUUGCUUGUAACAGUUCCCUCUCUGUAAAUGUUAUUUUUGGAGAUCUAAAGUAUUGCCUGUCUUGUUUGAGAUUUUACAGUUAUACUUUGGUGAGUAAUGUCAUGGUCCCCUUUCCAUAAAAUGUUAUUUUUGGUGAUCCAAA